AUGGACUUUACAUAUGUGGAAUUUCCCUGCACUGUUAACAAAAACGUAUUGAAAGCAUACUUCGAUAUAGAAAAAACUAAACUUCCCAAAUCAUUUGGCAAAACAACGCAUUCUUACGAUUUGAAUGAAACCAACACAAAUCAAGCAAAAUCACUCCGUCAUCUAGUUUUGGAUGCCAUCAUUAGCAAUUGGAAUGAAAAUCCCAUAUUCAAGGAGUUACCAAGACAGGAGGACCGUAACUACAUACUAAGCAAUUUGAAUGUAAAUUUGCCCUUAAAACAACUAAGCCGGCACAUACGAAGUAGUUUCUUUUGGAAUAAAGCCUUUUGCCACCGUUGGAAAGUACAACAGACAGUGCAGCCAAGGCAGCGAAAACCUUGGAUUAACAUUUACAUGGAAAGACAUCUGCAAGAGUUUAUUGAAAAUGUUCAGACAAGUGACUAUGAUCAGGAAAGCGUACAAGAAACCUUGGACAUUUGCGCGGAGUACAUAAAUCAAUUGGAGAUAAACUUUUUGCAACCCUCUCCAGACGGACAACACAAUCACAUUCCACUUGAUUUCAUUUUGAGUAAUCUGCCGGAAUUGCACACGUUACGUUUAACAUAUUGUACCAAGUCUUUGGGUAUGAAUUUCUACUUGGGCUGUAAUACCUUGUCGAAGCGUGAUGUGCUCCAUUUGGCCAGAGGACUGAGCAGAAGUCAUGAGCUUCUACAUUUCUGCUUACACAGCACCAAAUUGAGUCCUUAUCAGUUACACCCGAUUGCACGCAAUCUGGACAGAGGCUGCCACAACUUAACAUCGCUCGCUUUGGUGCAUUGUUCCUUUGGCAACGAAGGCAUACGCAAAUUCCUACAGGCUUGUAAUAAGGAAUCCUUUAGUACGUUAAAAAUUUUGGACUUAACAAAUAAUAAAAUAACCUUCAUACAAGCUGAUGCUUCAGGUACAGCAUAA